AUGCUCUCAAAUGGUGUUUUCUGGCUAGUCGCUAUUUCUCUUGUUUCUGGCGCGCUCUCGCUUCAAAGUACGACGACUUACCCUCUGACUGUCAUUGGUGAUGAGUCCAGUCUGCCCCAUACAUUCGAGAACAUUGCCACGCGACACAACGGCCAGUUGCUGGUAACUUCGGUCGUGUCGCCCUACCUCCAUCAGGUUUCUCCCCUCAAGGAGAACCAGGUGUCUCGCGUUGUUCGGGUCCCACAAACGACGGGAUUGCUCGGCAUUGCGGAACUGGAACAGGACAUUUUCUAUGUAAUCAGCGCCAACCUCAGCGGGGCUUCAGGCGUCCCGGGCUCGAAUGCGGUUUGGAAAGUCGACCUUCGCAAUCUCGACCUGUCCUCGGAGUUCGGGGCUGUCCAUGUGCCAGUAUCCUUGGUAGCGAAACUUCCAUCUGCAGGAUUACUCAAUGGAAUGUGUCGCAUGUCGGAGAAUAGCACCUCUUCUCUCUUGAUCGCAGACUCCCAGGCGGGUCAAAUCUACAAAUUGGAUGUGCACAGUGGUUCUGUUGAGACGACACUAAAUGAAACGGCCUUAAAGGAUACGCAGACGGGACUUCAAGUUGCUGCCAAUGGUAUUCAUACCUACAAGUCUAACGUGUACUUUACCAAUCUGAAUCAGGGAAUCUUUGGCCGCAUCCCCAUCAACACACAAAAUGGUCGACCUACAGGUCCGGUUGAUGUGAUUGUCCGUGGGGUCCCUGGGGAUGACUUCGUCUUGUCCCCGAACGGCCAGAGGGCCUGGAUAGCCAUCAAUGGACACCGCAAGCUAAUCGAAGUCGAUAUAGCUGCGAGAUCUGCCCAGGUCGUCGUCGAGUCAUCCUACUUGGCUUCUGCGUCUGCUGUCACACUUGGUCGAACUCUGUUGGAUCGGAAUAGUCUGUAUAUCUCGUCAGCUGGGGUCGAGGAUCCUUCGGUGGGGAAAAAUAACAACGCUACCGGUGGCAUUGUUGCUAGAGUGGAUGUUCUCAAGGUGACACUCUGA